AUGCUGGCAUCCCGCAAAGCGGCGCUUUGUCCCUCGGGAACGACUCUUUUCCUGCAAGCGAUGCCGAUCGCCCAACCUGGGGGGUGGACCCCACAAGAGGGUCCCGCCUAUUUGUUUCCCCCGAGUCCGCUACCUCACGCAGAUCCGUCAGUACAGGCAUGUCCCAGCAUUCGCGCGGACGUAGAAGGAGCAGCGGAGGUCGCGAUGAUGAUGUGGGAACCCUCGACAUGGGCGAUGCACAAAUCCGUCGUGCGGCGGUACCUCGAGUACCUGCAGCACCAUCAGGCCCCCGCGACACCAAGCACCGUAGCUGCCUUCCUGUAUACGCUGGACAUCAGCCCUUCCAGCGCACUACAGUACUACGGUAUUCUGCACCGGUUCCUGACGAAACCGCUCGACCUUGGCCAGAUGUUUGCCAAGGCGCUCCGCAAAAUGAAGGCCAUGACCCCCAUCCACCAGGCGACGCCGAUGACGUUCGAGCACUACCAAGAGAUUCUCCAGGCGAUUCCCAACGAGCGGGAUGCCGUGAUGUUUUGA